AUGACCACAUCGAGCCCUGACCACUCUCGCGCAGUCUCCACCUCCAGUCAGUUUAAUCUACCUAGUCCCGCAAGGUCGACCUUCAAUGAAGAGCCUCACCCAGAAAUUAACGAGCCACUGCAGUAUCACCAUAUGCAAGACCCAGACAUGGCUAAGCGGAUUUCGAGGUUGACUCUAGAAACUACCGGCUCAGCCAAUUCCAACAACGAACCCUCGACCCAGCACAUACGGCACAGUUUCCUCGGCGCUGAUUUACAACGUCCCGAUUCAGGCUUCUCGUCUCAAUCAGACCAGAGGGGCAGGACUCUUUCACCUCGUUUAUCGCCCCAACGCCCCAGCUCAAGGCAAUCUCGAUCGCCUGACAGCAGACCAUUGUCCUACGUUGAUCUAUUGAACGUCCCAUACCCUCAACCUGGACCUUCGGGCACCGAAAACCUGGUCAACCAAGGCCUACGUAAUGUUGUGGGUCAAAACGCUUCACUUCUGUCCACUCGAAAGACCCUAGACAUGUACAGAAUGAACGUGAAAAAGACCAACGAUCCUGCUGUGCAGUACGACUUUGCCAUCUUCAUGAUUUCGGCCGCGCAAGAAGAAGGUCUGGAACAAGAUGAUGAAUCGGUGUCUGGCACCUCCCAGAAGUCUGCCAAUCCUCCUGUAAGGUCUGAUCUACUCAAGGAAGCCAAACACAUCCUACAAAAAUUGUCUGAUAGAUCGUAUCCCUUCGCACAAUAUUAUUUAGCCGACGGAUAUGCCUCUGGUCUCUUUAACAAUGGCAAGCCUGACCUUGAGCGUUCAUUUCCCCUGUUCCUGGCCGCUUCGAAACAUGGCCAUGCGGAGGCCAUGUACAGGACAGCUUUGUGUCACGAGUAUGGGUGGGGCUGUCGGGUGGAUGCAGCAAAAGCUGUUCAGUUCUACCAACACGCAGCCUCUAAAAACCAUCCGGGUGCCAUGCUUCGUCUGGGUCGCGCUUGUCUUACAGGCGAGAUGGGGUUGACCAAACGUUAUCGUGAAGGUAUUCGUUGGUUGAAACGCGGUAGUGAAAGUGCGGAUUUGCAGUAUAACCAAGCACCUUAUGAUCUCGCCUGUCUUCAUGAAGAAGGAUACGGUCCCGACGUCUUCAAAGAUGAAUCUUACGCAGCACAACUGUACACCAAGGCAGCUGAUCUCGGCCAUAAAGACGCAUGCUUCAGGCUUGGUGAGGCAUACGAAUAUGGUCAGCUGAACUGUCCGAAAGACCCUUCCUUGUCCAUCCAUUUCUAUACCGGUGCCGCCGAACAAGGUCACCCACAAGCGCAGAUGGCCUUGUGUGCAUGGUAUAUGAUCGGUGUUCCUGAUGUGCUCGAGAAAGAUGAAGCAGAAGCAUAUGAGUGGGCCAAGAAGGCAGCGGAGAACGGUUUACCGAAGGCGCAAUAUACUGUUGGUUACUUUACUGAGAUGGGUAUUGGCUGUCGAAGAGAUCCUCUUGAGGCCAAUGUGUGGUACGUAAGGGCAGCAGAUCAAGGCGAAGAAAGGGCCAAGCACAGAAUUAGUGCCAUCAGAGCGGCCAGUAGUGGUGCAGAUCCAGUUCUUGCGGCCAGGAAAGCCAAGCAAAUGCCUGCUACGACGAAUGGCGACACCACCGCCAAAGGAGAAACAACGAAAGUAGAAGGGGAGAAAAAGAAGAAAUUUGGUCUGUUUUGA